AUGCCGUCCAAGCGCGGCGUCGAGAACAGUUCACCCAGUGGCAAAAGGACCAAAUACACCAAGAAGCAUACCAAUACCUUACCAACAGCGAGUAUCCAAAACUUGUCGACAAGCCACUUCAACAAUGCACCUACCAAUCCUAAAACAUACACGCUGGCUGAAUUCGCCCGCCAGUCACAUCACUCACCACCUCAUGGCAAGCCGCCUGGUAGUCUGGUCGGAGACAAGGAAGGUGAUGAUAGUGAUGCUCUUGAGGGCAAUACGACCUUGCUGCUUCAGCCAGACACAAAACCUAUCACACAGGACCAGCUCGUCAACGAGGCUAAGGGAAUCUACGCCGGCCUUGUCAUGGUUGAACAGAAAGCCGUUGAGAUCAUUUCAGCCCGUUUUAAGGCUGCGAAUAAACUCAGCAAUGAUCAAUGGCAAUCGUUGAUUGCCCUCCAUCGGACCUUAUUAAAUGAGCAUCACGACUUCUUGCUGGCAACUCAGCAUCCAACUGCUUCACCUGCCUUGCGACAGCUUGCAAAGAAAUACGUCAUGCCAGCACGAAUGUGGAGACACGGCAUCCAUUCAUUUCUUGAGCUUUUACGCCAGCAAUUACCCGCUUCUUUAGAGCAUAUGCUAGCGUUUGUUUACAUUGCUUACAACAUGAUGGGACUUCUUAUGGAGACCGUUCCAAGCUUUCGAGAAACCUGGAUUGAAUGCCUUGGAGAUCUUGCCCGAUAUCGGAUGGCGGUUGAGGAAGUCAACUUGCGUGAUCGCGAGAUCUGGUCCAAUGUGGCACGCACCUGGUACGACAAGGCUGCGGAUCACUUCCCCAAUGAGGGAAGGAUCCAGCACCAUUUGGCCGUUCUUGCGAGACCCAACAUUGUGCAACAACUCUUCUACUACUCCAAGGCAUUGAUCAGUGUAAGUCCUUUCGAGAACACCAGGGACAGUAUCAUGUUACUGUUCAAUCCGUUUUUGGAUUCAAAGGACCCGGCGUCCUACAACAAAUACCCGCUCGUCGAGGUGUCCUUGGUUUCUGCCUUUGCCAUUCUCUUCAAGCGUGGGCCGCUCCAGGAUUACCAAUUGCAGAUAGACUGGUUCUUGCAAGGACUCAGUGACCACAUCAUGCAAAUGGCACCGAAAUGGAAAACACAAGGCCCGGAAGUUGCUGCAUCCCUGAUCGCCGGGAUUCUUGAUUAUGGCAAGAACGACAGCCCUAUAUGGACAAUGUACCGAGAGCACAUGGACACAGUAAAAUCCCUAAGGAACUCCUCAGAGCCCAUGGAUCAAGAACAACUUGAACUUGAGGUUACGAACACUAGAUCUCUACUUUUCAAGGAAUUUUAG